AUGAUGAAACGCACCGAGGAGGUCAGAAUCAUGGGUAAAUACAGGACCCAUCUCGGUGCCUCCCUCAGGAAAAUGGUGAGGAAAAUUGAACUCAGCCAGCACGCCAACUACACGUGCUCCUUCUGUGGGAAAACCAAGAUGAUGAGACGCGCUGGGGUCAUCUGGCUCUGUGGUUCCCGCGUGAGAGCAGUAGCCGGUGGUGCCUGGACGCACAGCACCCCCUCUGCCAUCACAGGAGAGCCAGCCGUCAGAAGACUGGAGGAACUGAAGGGCCGGCAGGAGCGUCACCACUUGAUCACGUUGCUGCUGCUACUGCUAACUGAGCGAUAA